CGGCUCGGCUCCCCGCGCCCCCCGCGCCCGCUCGCUCCUCCUCCAGCCCCGGCCCGGCCUCCCGCGAGCCCUCCAGCCCGCUGCGCGCCGGCCGCCGCCUGGUCAUGUCAGGAUGGAGAUCCGGCAGCACGAGUGGCUCUCGGCCUCCCCCCACGAGGGCUUCGAGCAGAUGAGGCUCAAAAGCCGCCCCAAGGAGCCCUCGCCGAGCCUGACCCGAGUGGGCGCGAACUUCUACAGCAGCGUCAAGCAGCAGGACUACAGCGCCAGCGUCUGGCUCCGGAGGAAAGACAAGCUGGAACACUCCCAGCAGAAAUGCAUUGUGAUCUUCGCCCUGGUAUGCUGCUUUGCCAUUCUUGUCGCGUUGAUAUUUUCUGCCGUGGACAUCAUGGGAGAGGAUGAGGAUGGUCUUUCAGAAAAAAAUUGUCAAAAUAAAUGUCGAAUUGCCCUGGUGGAAAAUAUUCCUGAAGGCCUUAACUAUUCAGAAAAUGCACCAUUUCACUUAUCACUUUUCCAAGGCUGGAUGAAUUUACUCAACAUGGCCAAAAAGUCUGUUGACAUAGUGUCUUCCCAUUGGGAUCUCAACCACAGUCAUCCAUCAGCAUGUCAGGGUCAACGUCUCUUCGAAAAGCUGCUCCAACUGACUUCGCAAAAUAUCGAAAUCAAGCUAGUGAGUGAUGUAACAGCUGACUCAAAGGUAUUAGAAGCCUUGAGAUUAAAGGGAGCCGAGGUGACCUACAUGAACAUGACCGCCUACAACAAGGGCCGGCUGCAGUCUUCCUUCUGGAUCGUGGACAAGCAGCAUGUUUACAUCGGCAGUGCCGGCUUGGACUGGCAGUCACUGGGGCAGAUGAAAGAACUCGGUGUCAUCUUCUACAACUGCAGCUGCCUGGUCCUGGAUUUACAGAGGAUAUUCGCUCUGUAUAGCUCAUUAAAAUUCAAGAGCAGAGUGCCUCAGACCUGGUCCAAGAGGCUCUAUGGAGUCUAUGACAACGAAAAGAAAUUGCAGCUUCAGCUGAACGACACCAAAUCUCAAGCAUUUGUGUCGAAUUCUCCCAAACUCUUCUGCCCUAAAAACAGAAGCUUUGACAUAGACGCCAUCUACAGCGUGAUAGACGACGCCAAGCAGUACGUAUACAUCGCUGUCACGGACUACCUGCCAAUCUCCAGCACGAGCACCAAAAGGACUUACUGGCCAGACUUGGAUGGGAAAAUCAGAGAAGCCUUAGUUUUGCGAAGCGUUAAAGUUCGACUCCUGAUAAGCUUCUGGAAGGAAACAGACCCCCUUACGUUUAACUUUAUUUCAUCUCUUAAGGCUAUUUGCACUGAAAUAGCCAACUGCAGUUUGAAAGUUAAGUUUUUUGAUCUGGAGAGAGAGAAUGUUUGUGCUACAAAAGAACAAAAAGAUCACGCCUUUCCUAAGUUAAAUCGCAACAAGUACAUGGUGACAGACGGCGCAGCUUACAUUGGCAAUUUUGACUGGGUAGGGAACGAUUUUACCCAGAACGCUGGCACGGGCCUCGUUAUCAACCAGGCAGAUGUGAGGAACAACAGGAGCAUCAUUAAGCAGCUUAAGGAUGUGUUUGAGCGGGACUGGUACUCGCCCUACGCCAGGACCUUGCAGCCGACCAAACAGCCUAACUGUUCCAGCCUGUUCAGACUCAAACCCGCCUCAAACAAAAGUGCCACGUACGGUGCCAGCACCAAGGACCCCGCCAGCGUAUAAUGUGAAGGGACUGCCGGGACAGCUCGUGUUUCCUAUUUCUAUACAAAGGACUUGAGGAGAGAAAACCAAUUUAAUAUGUCUUUUUUUAGGGAAAAAAGCACACUCACAAAGAAAUAUUCUCCGAACGCCAUGUAAUAUCUUAUCUAACAAUAUCUUAGCGGCGUGUACACUAAGUGUAGGAUUUUUUGUACCUGUGACUCCUGACAGAGAAUGUCCUUUCAGCUUGGAAGUUAGUUUUUACGUUUGCAUACAGAUUUUAAGACUUUGAUGCCUCUUCCUUCCUAGUUUUAGAACUUUUUCUGCUGCCCUACCUGUUCCAUUCUUACGAAGCUUAGCAUGAGGUAAACGCUUUCACACCCUUCUUAGCGAGGUGAGUGAGGCUUUCACCCCAGCCGAGAGACCGAUCGAGCCAAGUAUUUGCUCUGUAAACCGUCUCCAAGACCUGUACAGUCGUCUGAGCAUGAACAGCUGACAUCUCAUGCCAGCCUCAGCGCUCUUGAAAAGCACCCUUUCGCCUCCUUGUUCGUCUUCUUCUGAUACCACUCCAUUUAUUUCGUAUCAUUUUCUCCUGGCAGAAAAUGUUCUUAUUAGCGGCGCCCCUGUCUUCGCCUCGAUGUGAGUUCCGAGUCUGACGGCAUCUUUUGGAAAUGUAGGGAUUCCUCAGAGGGGAUACUCAAUGGAGAUGGCAGUCUUUACUUUUCACCUUUCAACCACAUUUCCCCGUGAAAUUGGUAGUUUAAAACCACAGCCAGCAAUAUGUAUCUUUUCUCUCAAGCUCAGAAAAAUUAUGUAGCUGCCUGCUAAUAUCCAGCAAACUAUUAAGUCUGCAUUAUGAGAAUAAAAGUAGUUUUUCA